AUGGUCGGAUCCACGAAGAAAGGUGCCAAGUUCUGGCUCGUUUUCGUUUCGCUCUGUGUCACUCUUUUUCUCAGUGCACUGGACUAUACAGCGCUUGCGUCUGCUCUCCCUGUCAUUGUCCAUGAGCUCAAGGGUUCCGAUUUCGCAUGGAUAGGCACUGCGUAUGCGCUCACCUCGACAGCGUUCUUGCCGAUGAGUGGCGGGUUAGCACAGGUGAAAAGGAGUCGUUCCGAAACACGUUCGAAAAAACUCACCCUUUCACAGAUCGUAGGCAGGAGGAUCGCUUUCAUUAUUGCCCUCUUCUUUUUCGCCCUCGGGAGCGCGCUCUGUGGAGCUGCCCAAUCUAUGGACUGGUUGAUCGCUGCAAGAGCUAUUCAGGGUAUUGGUGGGGGCGCUAUCAUCUCCUUGUCGGCGAUUGUAAUAAGUGAUUUGGUGACCCUUCAAGAACGUGGCACGUACAAUGGACUCCUCGGGCUCACAUGGGCAGUCGCUGUGGCUAUCGGACCUAUCGUCGGCGAUUUGAACUUGCCCGUUUGCGCAGUCUCCUUGGUGCUAAUCGUCGCCUUCAUGUCCCUUCCAACUCCACAAGGCACUUUGAAGGAGAAGCUAUCUGCGAUGGACUGGUUCGGGAAUCUUCUGGUACUGGCGAGCUCAUCAGCUCUGGUCCUCGCCCUGACCUGGGGAGGAGCUCGAUAUCAAUGGGGAGACAUUCGGGUUUUGCUUCCCCUCAUCAUUGGGAUUCUAGGAUUAAUUGUAUGGCUAUUCUAUGAGGUUAAGUUCGCGUCGCAUCCGACUAUUGAAAGGUGGCACCUGAACUACUGGGAAAUCGGACGACUAUUUCGGGGUGGGCAGAACCGUUUUUCCAAAUAUAUUCAAGUAUUCGUCAACUCCCUCGUGGUGGUAGCAUGGGUCUAUUUCAUGCCAGUUUACUUCCAAGCCUGCAAAGACGCCGGUCCCAUUCAGUCUGGUAUCGACAUGUUUGGUGGAACCUUGACCGUUGGGCCUUUCAUUGUCUUCGGGGGUGUCAGUGUCACCGUGUGGAAAGUAUACAGACCGCAAUUGUGGGUGGGAUGGAUCCUCCUCACGGUUGGUAUGGGUGUCCUUUCCAUCGUAGACGCGUCGUCUCCGUUAUCCCACUCCAUCGGAAUCUGCGUUAUCACUGCUUCGGGUGCUGGAAUAAUCUUUGUAACUCUGAACGCGCAGGCACUCGCUUGCUUUGCGUUUAUUUGGGGCAUCGCAUUCGGAGGUGCCAUCCUCACCAAUGAGCUCAAGAAACAACUUCCCCCUCAAUUCGUAAAGCUCGCUGAUGGCGGGGUCGAGAAAGUCUACGCUCUCAUUCCUGAGAUCCAAAAGCUGCCUGAACCUCUCAAAGGCCGCGUACAGCAUGCCUUUGGAGAAAGCCUCAGACCGAUCUGGUACGUCCUAACUGGGAUCGCCGGUUUAGGACUGCUGUGCUCCCUUCUCAUGAAAGACAUCCCUCUUCACAAUUACGUCGAUGAGGAAUGGGCUUUGGAUAGGAAGCUACCGAGCAGCGAUGUUGCAUCUGCGAAUGCCAGUACUGCUGCCCUGACUGCGUACAUGUCUCAGGGAGAGUCAACUGUUGAUUUGGAGGGCUCGACACGCCGACACUGA